GCUUUGAUCAGUGAUCAGUCUCCAAACAAACAAGUCGCGCUCGAUAAUCGAUCCUAGAUCACAAUUAAAACGUUUUUCUAAAAGUGAGUGCGCACUUGGCGUACUAAACGCUAAAAGUUGAUUUAAUUUUCCAACAAAUAAAAAAUCAACAGGUAAAAAAUUGCACAAUUAAAUGACUCUGCAUCUGGAUAUUUAAACGUACUCCGUCUGAGUACUGAAUUCUACAAAGAAUAAUAAUAACAACGUUAACAGUAUCAUACCAGCUGGCUGAUCUUGUACGCUUAAUAAAAGGCAAGCAUGGCGGAAGCUCAUUCAGCGGUAGCCUUCAGCUUCUCAAUAACCCACGAAGGAUGGGACGUUAAUUUCGACCGAGAAGUUCUGCACCUAGUCUGGGAAUCUGGAUUACGGUCAUGGAAGAAAAGAUUUUUUAGAUUCACUAACAAUUUAAAGACUGGAGUUUACCCAGCGUCAUUGGAAAGCUUGUGGCUGACAAUAGGAAUAGUUGCAGCUAUCCAUUUUACUGGAUUCAAGGUUCCUUAUGAUUUAGUUGGAAAAGUUGUUCCUUAUGUGUCUGGGUCCUCUAUAUCAGCCCACCUGGUAGCAUCAAUAAUAGUAGGCUUAAUACUGUGGCUGGUAGUUAUUUACACACUCCGUUACUGCUUGAAGUUACUUCUGAUGUACAAAGGAUGGAUGUACGAAGCCCGCGGUCGAGGUGGAAAAGUAUCUCUAAGUACCAAAUUGUGGGUGAUUUUGGUUAAAUUGUUCUCGGGGUGGAACAAACCGAUGCUUUAUAGUUUCCAAGGGUCCUUACCGCGGCUGCCGUUGCCCUCGGUUGAAAAAACUACAAAAAGGUAUUUAAGAAGCGUGAGGCCAUUACUAGACGACGAAAACUACGCCCGGAUGGAAAAACUAGCAAAAGAAUUUGAAGAAGGAAUCGCUGUAAAAUUGCAGCGUUACCUAAUACUAAAGUCGUGGUGGUCGAGUAACUACGUGUCGGAUUGGUGGGAGGAAUACGUUUAUUUGCGCGGUAGAUCACCAAUUAUGGUCAAUUCUAAUUUUUAUGGUAUUGAUGCGAUACUUAUGCAUCCAAUAGACGUACAGGCUGCACGUGCUGCUAGUAUUAUACACUUGUGUUUACAGUACAGACGUAGUAUCGAACGACAAGAAUUGGAGCCGAUUAAGUUACAGGGUCUAGUGCCUCUGUGCUCUUGGCAGUACGAAAGACUCUUUAAUACCACGAGGAUCCCCGGGAUCGAGACUGACAAGAUCGUCCACUACAAUGACGCUAAGCACGUCGUGGUUUACCACAAAGGUCGCUAUUACAAGCUGCUUAUUUACUACAAAAACAGGAUUCUGACUGCUUGCGAAAUUGAGCAGCAGAUUAACUACAUCAUGAGUCACGACUCUGCGCCAGUUAAUGGAGAGGAAAAAUUAGCCGCUCUUACUGCUGCCAAUCGUACUACUUGGGCUAAAGCUAGAGAGGAAUAUUUUUCUAAGGGUACUAACAAAUUGUCCCUGGAUUUAAUUGAAAAAUCUGCGUUUGUUGUGGCGCUUGAUGAUUUCCCUUAUGAAUUUGAUCCUAAACGGCCAGAAAAAUUAGACCAGUAUGGAAGAAUUUUAUUACACGGUAAAGGAUACGACAGGUGGUUUGAUAAAUCAUUUACUCUCUGCAUCGGUACUAAUGGUCGCAUUGGAUUCAAUGCCGAGCACUCUUGGGCUGACGCUGCAGUGAUGUCUCAUUUAUGGGAGCACAUAGUAGCUGAAGAAGCUGAUGAGAGCAUGGCCGAUGCUCCUGUGAUGGGUGCUAUGUGGGAAUACGUUAUUGGCAGUGACGUAUUUGAAGAUGGAUACAAAGACGGACAUUGCGCGGGUACACCAGAAUUUUCAUUGACUCCUACUCGAUUGCACUGGGAUCUUACUUCAGAGUGUAUUGAUGAAAUAAAUCGUGCUGCAGAGGAUGCGCAUAAAUUAUUAAACGACGUAGAUUUGCGUAUUUACGUCCAUGAUAACUACGGAAAAGGAUUUAUGAAAACAUGUUCAAUGUCUCCGGAUGCGUACAUUCAAAUGGCACUACAAUUAGCAUACUACCGGGACGCUGGUAAAUUUAGUUUGACUUACGAAGCCUCAAUGACGCGGUUGUUUAGAGAAGGAAGAACAGAAACAGUCCGGCCCUGCACCAUCGAGUCCGCUAAUUGGGUCAAGUCAAUGGAGAACGAAUCCGCGAGCAUCGCUGAGAGACACGAAUUGCUGAAGGCAGCUGCGCUGCAGCACCAAAGUGGCUACCAGGAAGCGAUGUGUGGCAAAGGAAUCGACAGACAUUUGUUCUGUCUGUAUGUCGUCUCCAAGUACCUGGAAGUCGACUCGCCCUUCUUGAAAGAAGUCCUUAGUGAACCCUGGAAGCUAUCCACCUCUCAGACUCCCCACGGACAGACUCCUAAGCUGGACUUGAAGAAAUUCCCGAAGUGUAUCUCUGCAGGAGGCGGGUUUGGUCCAGUUGCUGAUGAUGGUUAUGGUGUUUCUUAUAUUAUUGCUGGUGAAGAUCUUAUAUUCUUUCAUAUUUCCAGCAAAACUAGUUCACUAGCUACAGAUUCAUCAAGAUUUGCAAGACACAUAGAAAAAGCACUAGCUGAUAUUAAGGAUCUCAUGGUGUCUGUCAAGAAAAUAAAUCAUCAAAAAAACGGAUCAGUUAAUUAAUACUUCAUUUUAAUUAAUUAAUUGGUUCCAUAUUGUUUUAUUAUUAUUAUUUUAAUUAUAAUUAUUAUUAACUAUGCACAAAUUGAUUGAAAUUAAAAUCAUUGUCUCUCGCAAAAUAGAAAUGUAAAUAUUCGUUAAAAAUUUAAUAUUUAAUAUUUCGUUUUUAGUUUUUAAAAUUUAUUCUUGAAAUUUUAUUAAAAAUUUUUAUUUAUUUAGUAAUUACUUGCAAGAGACAUACUCAAUCACUGAGCAACCUAUCAAUGCAAAAAAAAAAAAUAAUUUAGAUUUAUAUAUAUAUAAAUACAAUAUUUUAUAUACUAAAGUUUUGGAGCUUAUUAAGUAUGUUAACAAAAAUUAAAUAAAUUGUUACGAAUA